AGAUUAGCAACUCAUACGACUACUGAGUCACUAGCCGGUCAACAUAGGCACGUAAACCUUGCCUUUCCUUUGUAUUAUAGAUGAACGUUUUUACAAAUAAUGUUACAUUUUUGCAUAGUAAAUAUAGAUGUCUGAUACAUAUUCAAAGGGGAAAUCGGACCCAUCGGUAGGCUUAAGCAAACAGAAACAAUACGUAAAAUUAAAUACCGAUGUUAAUCUAAGAAAAUACAAAGACUGGCUAGUUUUUAAAGCGGUGUGUAAAGUAUCAGUGGAAUAAACAUGACUAUUGUCAUGCGUGGUGGACAAGUUGGUGGUGGCGGGGAUUCACCACAGGAAAAUAUUCCAAUGCAGUCAAGAACUAACCCAGUACCUAGUCCAAAUACUCUAAAUGAAAGUGAUGGUAGUGGGGAUCAAGAUGAAAGCAAUGAACUGCCCGAAGGACAAGAGCCAGAAUUUCCUCUGGCUGAAUUAGCUCGCUUAGAUGAAAUGAUAAAUAGACCAAGAUGGGUUGUCCCCGUUUUACCAAAAGGAGAACUUGAAGUUCUUUUAGAUGCAGCUAUCAGUUUAUGUAAAUUAGGUGUAGAUACUCGUAGUGAAGCUUGUCAAAGGUUUUUCAGAGAUGGGCUUACAAUAUCAUUUACGAAAAUACUCACAGAUGAAGCAGUUAGUGGUUGGAAAUUUGAAAUUCAUAGGUGCAUAAUGAAAAACUGUGAACAUUUAGUAGAGAUUUGUGUUUUAAAACUUAAACAAGACUGUCUCCCUCUGCUUGAGUUAUUAGCUAUGGUGCUCAAUCCGAAUAGCAAAUUUCACACGUUUAAUGGCACAAGACCUUCUGAAACAGUUCCUACUGGCUCUCAAAUUCCAGAUGAUGAAGUAUUCGCAAGGCCGGCAGAUUUGAGAACGCCUAAAGGUUGGCUGGUAGAUCUGAUCAAUAGAUUCGGUACCCUUGGUGGUUUCGAUCUUUUGUUGGAACGAUUUCAAAGCCAUGUUGCCAUUUCUGUUCCUGUCAUUGCUGCACUUAUUAGACCCUUUGGAAUGUGCCAUGAUUUACUCACAGUGCAUACUGUAGAAAAAUAUUUUAUGCCUAUUGUUGAAAUAGUGCCAUCUUUUUUGGAUAAUCUCACAGAUGAUGAACUGAAGAAAGAGGCCAAAAAUGAAACAAAAAAUGAUGCUCUUUCUGGAAUAGUGAAAGCAUUGAAGUGCUUAGCUGCAAAAGUUCCCAAUCAAGAAAAUACUGUGAAGAGCUUAGAAACUUUUAGAUUAAAAAUGAUAUUAAGGCUAUUACAAAUUUCAUCUUUCAAUGGAAAAAUGAAUGCCUUAAAUGAAGUUAAUAAAGUAAUUGCUAGUGUUUCAUAUUAUACUCAUAGACAUGGCCAUGUUAAUCCAGAGGAAGAGGAUUGGCUGACAGCUGAAAGAGUAGCAGAAUGGAUAAAGGAAAACAAAGUUCUUCAGAUUGUACUUAGAGACAGUUUACAUCAGCCACAGUAUGUGGAAAAGUUAGAAAAAAUUCUUAGAUUUGUAAUAAAAGAGAAAUCUUUAACGUUGGAAGAUUUAGAUGACAUUUGGGCUGCUCAAUCUGGUAAACAUGAGGCUAUUGUGAAAAAUGUUCAUGAUUUGUUGGCCAAACUUGCAUGGGAUUUCACACCUGAACAGCUUGACCACCUAUUUGAAUGUUUCCAAACAAGUUGGACAAAUGCUAGCAAAAAACAAAGGGAAAAGUUGCUUGAACUAAUCAGACGGCUAGCUGAAGAUGAUAAAGAUGGUGUCAUGGCUCAUAAAGUAUUGAAUUUGCUUUGGAGUUUGGCUCAUAGUAAUGAUGUGCCAACUGAUAUCAUGGACCAGGCUCUCACUGCUCAUGUAAAAAUCCUGGAUUAUAGCUGCUCUCAGGAUAGAGAUUCUCAAAAAACUCAUUGGUUGGAUCGAUGUGUUGAGGAACUUAAGAAUGACAAAUGGGUUCUUCCUGCCCUGAAACAAAUCAGAGAAAUCUGUAAUCUUUAUUCAGAAGCACCUCCCAAUUUUAAUCAUGCACAGAGAUCUCCUCACAUGCUCUAUCGACAUGAAGUGAUCAAUAGGUUGCAGCAGCACCACUCUCUUGUCAUCCUAGUGGCAGACAAUCUCACAACGUACAUGAAACGUGCACAUCUGAUAGCAAAAGAACAUCCUGAAUUAGAUCCCAAUUCAGUUUCACCAGAUAGCCGGUUUAGUCAUGUCCAGCAAGUUCAAGAACGUUUGAAUUUUUUAAGGUUUUUACUUAAAGACGGGCAGUUGUGGCUUUGUGCUCCUCAAGCAAAGCAGAUUUGGUCCUGUCUUGCUGAAAAUGCAGUUUAUGUCACAGACCGUGAAGCGUGUUUCAAAUGGUUUUCAAAGCUCAUGGGUGAAGAGCCAGAUCUUGAUCCAGACAUUAACAGAGAUUUCUUUGAAGGAAUUGUUCUACAGUUGGAUCCUUGCUUAUUAACAGAAAGUGGGAUAAAGUGUUUUGACCGUUUCUUCAAAGCUGUAAAUUCCAAAGAAAGCAAACUUAUAGCUAAAAGGAGGGCAUUUUUAAUGAAUGACUUAGAGCUUUUAGGUUUAGAUUACUUGUGGAGAGUUGUGUUGUGUGGGAGUGAAGAUGUUGCAAACAGAGCCAUAGAACUAUUAAAAGAAACUUACACUAAUUUAGGACCUCGUUUACAAGCUAGUCAAAUGGAUAUCCAUGAAGAUUUUGUGCAAUCCUGCAUGGACAGGUUAAAAGCUGCUUUUGACACAAUAUCAGUUCUCGAAAGAGAUAAAGACAGUUUUAAUAGACUGAGACAAGAAACAACCAGAAUGGUACGUGUGUUAAAAGUCCUGAGAGAGUAUGUUGGCCAGUGUGAUGGUGAUUAUGGAGAAGAAAGAUCCAUUUUACCAAUGGCAAGGGCACACAGAGGCAAACAGUUAACACUAACAAUAAGGUUUUCCAAUCAAGGACGUAGCUUUGAAGACAAUACCGAAGUGUGGACACAUUCAAACGACACAUUAGGUGCAGUACGUCGCCAAAUUUUAACUAGGGUCAAAGCAAAUAAUGUAAAUAUGAAAGUAGAUUUAUUUGUCAAUGGUGAAUUGCUUGAUCCUGCUGACGAUAAGAAAUUAGUUUCUCAAUUACCUCUCAGGGACAAAAUGGUGAUAUCUGCAAAGUUGUGCCAGAUUGGAACAAACAUGCCCUCUUCUCCUGAUUCAAGUUCAGAUAGUUCAACUGGCUCCCCUCAACACCCCUUUGAAGGACCUAAUGCUGAGGCAGAAAAUUGUCUUCCCGGUGUUUUGAUGUCUCAGCAACAGCAAUAUGCUCAGUUUCUAUUUCAACUUGCUGAUUUAGGGAGCUCUUUGAAUGUUCCUGCUUUAAGAGAUGAGGCCCACGCUGUUCUAAAAUUGAUGCCUCCUGACAAUUAUACUCUAGAGAGAUUAAAAAAGAUAUGCCAAGAAAAUGCAAGUCUAGGGGAUAGAUCUACCCUCGAAAGUAUUUUCUAUGCACCAUCUCCUUCUCAAGUACUUUAUACUCUAGAGGUUGUAUAUACAUUGCUGAUGCCAGCUCAUAAUCCAAUGUCUGAAGAUGCUCAAAAAUUUCAGUACAACUUUGUUUGUAGUGGUGGUGUGCCUGUUUCAUUAGGCAUGCUUACAAAAAAUAAUUUUUUAGAAGGUGCUGAUGUACCUACUAAAAGGGCAGCAUACUUAAUUGUUUUAAAAAUAAUGAAACUAAUUUUAACAACUGUUGGCAAGUGUAUAGUACAAGUUGAAUCAGAAGCUGUGCGAGUACGUAAUGCUUCUGGAACAAUGUCCCCAACCUCUCCCAGUUCUGUUACUCUGCAAGGUAGGCCAUCUGUCUUACAGCAGGCUCUCAAUCACAUACCUCACCCUAAUUCCGAGUUCAUGCUAAGGAAUGUCUCUGCUAGGUUGGCUCAGCUUUUACAUGAUCAAGCCAUAAAUCAUCGUCCAGACCUUUGUACUGUAAAAGCUAUUAAAAAAAUGGCUUGGGCUUCCUCUUCGGGCUCAAUGGAAUUGUUACAUGCCUCUCCAGAUGAACUUCUAAUGCAAGAUAAAGUCUCAAAACCCACCGAAAAUGAAGAGAUUAUAUUAUGUCGUGAAGCUUUAGAAGUCCUGACAAUUUCACUAGCUCUAUGUCCAGAAGCCUUAGACACACUUAUGAAAGAUAAAACUUGGCAUCUAUUUAUAAUAGAAUUACUACUUAUGUGUAAAAACAGGUCUAUUAGAGCAUGUGCUGCCGAACAGUUCUUACUUAUUGCCACAAAGUGUUAUCCUGGUCAUCAGUGCCUUAUAUUUUCUAUAACUCUACUAUUUACUCAGCUAAUGUCAUCUGUGAAAGAAUAUGCGAAGAAUUCUCAUGAGUUUUUCACACUACUCUGCCGCUUGUUGAACUAUGCCUGCUCAUCAUCUUGUCCAUUGCCAACUGCUCAGAAUCUUUUAAAUAAGGAAAUUGAAUGGUUGAAAGCAGUAAGAAGUAAGGUUCUUGCUACUGGUGACAGCCAAGUUGAUGAAGCAUUGCUUGAAGGGCACUUAGGAGUUACCAGAGAGCUUGUAUCGUUUCUUGGGCCUGAUCAAAAAUAUGAAGUUGGAGCUGAUCCCAACUCUCCUAGAGGAAAUCUCAUCAAAGAGCUUGUGGAAGAUUUCAUAUUUCCUGCUUCAAGAGUUGUGCUGCAGGUGCAGCGUGGUGGCAGCGAACUGCCCUCUGAGCAAGCUAUACCUGUAUGCUCGUCAUCCUCUUCUGUUGUAGCUGCUUUUGAGCUGCUUGUGUCCAUCUGCACAGGAUGUGCUCCCAAUUUGAGGUUACUUGUUGAUAUGCUCUGUGAAAUGUUUUACUCUGCAAAUGACCCACCUUUAACAGAAUGGGAGUACCUUCCACCUGUCGGACCAAGACCUCUUCGUGGAUUUGUUGGCUUGAAGAAUGCAGGUGCCACCUGUUACAUGAACUCAGUGCUACAGCAGUUAUAUAUGAUUGAGGAUAUUCGAAAUGGAAUUCUUUCUGUAGAAGGUGCUUGCACAGACCCCAAUGAAGAUUUCUCUGGUGAAGAACGUGUUGAAAGCGAGCAACAGAGUAUAUCAGAAUCUGACACAGAGGGAAAUGAAGAGAAAGGCUCAAGAGAAGAAUCUCGUAAAGAGUACAACUUAGGAGUUCUCAAACAGGUCCAAGCAAUUUUUGGACAUUUAGCUUGUAGCAAGCUGCAGUAUUAUGUGCCACGAGGAUUUUGGAAACAUUUCAAACUUUGGGGUGAGCCAGUCAAUUUACGAGAACAGCAUGAUGCUCUUGAAUUUUUUAACAGUUUGGUUGAUAGUUUAGAGGAAGCUUUAAAACUUUUAAAUGAACCUUGUAUAUUGUCUCAGAUUUUAAGUGGUUCUUUUGCUGAUCAAAAAAUUUGUAAAGAUUGUCCUCAUAGGUAUUCCAGAGAAGAAUCAUUCACUGCAUUGAAUAUAGAUAUAAGAAAUCAUAGCAAUUUAUUAGAUUCCCUUGAACAGUAUGUUAAAGGAGAUUUAUUGGAAGGAGCUAAUGCUUAUCACUGUGAGAAGUGCAAUAAAAAAGUUGAUACUGUGAAGAGGCUGUGUAUAAAAAAGUUGCCUCCCAUUCUUGCUAUUCAGUUAAAAAGAUUUGACUAUGACUGGGAAAGGGAAUGUGCUAUAAAAUUCAAUGACUAUUUUGAAUUUCCCCGAGAGUUUGAUAUGGAACCCUACACUGUCAGAGGUUUAGCAAAAAUUGAAGGUGAAAUUAUUGAAGAAAAUUUUAAUAUUGAUAAUGAAACCUGUUGCACAAAAUAUAAACUAUCUGGUAUAGUAGUUCACAGUGGUCAAGCUAGCGGUGGUCAUUAUUAUUCCUAUAUUUUGCAUAGGCAUAGUGAUGGAAGUUAUAAAUGGUAUAAAUUUGAUGAUGGGGAAGUUAUGGAGUGCAAGAUGGAAGAUGAUGAGGAAAUGAAGAACCAGUGUUUUGGUGGAGAUUAUAUGGGUGAAGUGUUCGAUCAUAUGCUAAAAAGAAUGUCCUAUAGGAGGCAAAAGAGAUGGUGGAAUGCAUACAUUUUAUUCUAUCGACGGGUCGAUAUGGCGAUGAAUAUUACUAGGAGCCUAAAUGAACUAGCAUUAGCUGACAAUAAACAAUGUAUAGUCAAAAUGCCUGUUGCAAUAGAAAGAAGUGUCCGACGACAAAAUAUAAAGUUUAUGCAUAAUAGAAACCAAUUUAGCUUAGAAUAUUUUCAAUUCAUGAAGAAACUUAUUAUGUGCAAUGGUCCUUACGUUAGUGGACCACAUGAAAAGUUGAGUGCUGAUGGUGAAGAAUUAGCACUAAUUAGCAUUCAGUUAGCUUCCAAAUUCCUCUUCACUACUGGGUUUCAUGCCAAAAAGACACUAAGGGGGCCGGCUCCUGAGUGGUAUGAUGCUCUCUGUAUACAUCUUAGAAAUUAUUGUUCUGUUCGGCGCUGGUUUGCCAACAAUGUUUUAUUUACCAAUCCCCAUAUCUUCUGUGAAUAUCUUUUAGAAUGUCCCGGUUCAGAAUGCCAAAAUGUGUUUCAUAUUUGCAGAGGUGCCAACUGCUGCCGAUUUUCCGUCCGCCUUGCGUUCAUGCGUAUUCUUGUAUUUAUAGCUCAUUUCGCAUUGCAAGAUGGCCCCUACACUCCUCCUGCUUUAGCCAAUCUUCCCUAUGCAGUUGAUGCUAGUGCAACUCUUGCUGAUCACUUAAUAGUAGCUGUUUUAAAUUUGCUCAAAAAAGAAGUUUCCGAACACGGAAGGUCCCUCACUCAAUAUUUUAGCCUCUUUUCAAUGUUUGCUUCCCUUGGAGUUGCAGAGCGAACCAUGCUUCUUAAAUUAAAUGUUCCUGCUACAUUUAUGAAAGUUGCUUUAGACGAAGGUCCGGGUCCUCCUAUAAAAUAUCAAUAUGCUGAAUUAGGAAAGUUAUAUCAAGUGGUCAGUCUACUGAUAAGAAGCUGUGAUGUUAGUUGCAAAACACAAUCUUCCCAUGGUGGAGCACCAUUGCCUAAUCCUUUUGUAGGUGAUAAUGUUCAUCAAGAUUAUAUAAUGCCUAUACAACCAGAAGUGGCUGAAAUACUUUAUAACAAUACAUGCUACCUGAAAAAAAUCAUAGAAGAUGCAAAUACUUCAGAAGAUACAUUUAGACUUCUAAAGUUUUGUUCGUGGGAGAAUCCUCACUUUUCUUCUAUGGUGCUGAAUGAAUUGCUGUGGCAGGUUUCUUAUUCAUAUACAUACGAGCUUAGACCCCAUUUAGAUCUAUUAUUGCAUAUGCUUCUGAUUGAAGAUUCUUGGCAAAAUCAUAGGAUACACAAUGCUCUGAAAGUAAUGAUCUAUUUAGUGCACCUAAUCAAGCGAUUGAAUGAUAAAGGUUCAAAUUUGGAAACUAGAAUAAUGUAUUCAAACUUGUCGAUUGCAAACUUAAUAAGCGCCUCACAUCCAUUAUCUUUCCUGCCUUACAUAAAGGACUUAUACCCGAAGAUUGGUAUUCCGGAAGACAGAGAUGGGUUGUUUGAUACAAUUCAGAGAAGCAAAAAUCACCACCAAAAAAGAGCCUAUCAAUGUAUAAAAUGUAUGGUUAACUUAUUUAUUUCCUGCCCUGCUGCUGCUCAAAUGUUGCAAAGCAAUGGAGAUUUAAAACGCAAGUGGGUGAAUGCGGUAGAAUGGUUACAUGAUGAGCUAGAGCGGAGGCCAUAUCCGGCUAAUGCCCAGUAUGGAUACAAUAGCUGGUCUCCACCUGCGCAGUCCAAUGAAACAACAAAUGGCUAUUUUCUUGAACGAUCUCACACAGCUAAACUUACUCUAUCUAAAGCUUUUGAAUUCUGUCCGGAUGAGGAUGUGGAAGACCAAGAAAUGUCGGAAGAUGGCGAGAGUCCUCCACCCGAAGAUAAAGUGCAAGUCUGGCAGGGGAAUGAAUCGAGCACCCCCCAACAUCCUAGUCCUCCACCUCCUGCUCCGUCAGAAAAUGCUCCUGAUGCACCCAAACACCAGCCUACAUUACUGUCUUCAUUUGACAUGCUAGAAGAACCCUCUGGAAAUGUGCUUGUGACCUCCAACAAUGACAAUCCUUCAGAUGAGCAACACACACCAGAUUCGACGUCCAGCUCCAUCACGACCACCGUCUCUCCGACGAACGUUUCCAUCGGUGGAGAAACAGUGUCUUCGCAGGGUACCCAGCCUGUUUCCUCUGCAUCGGAAAACUCUCCAAAAAAUCUAUUGGAUCUAAAAGAACUAUUUAAAAACGGACAAUUUGUUCCAGAUGUCUCACCCAUGGAAAUUCAAGACUUCCCUGCCGAAAUUCACAAGGUGCGCAGGGUGUAUCAGUAUAAGGAACCGAUAAGGCGCAAGAACCGAGGGAUGGACGACGUGAGUUCGCUGGAGUUGAGGAGGAUAGUUCCGAGAACACGACACGACAGGCAAGAUCUUAGACACAUUAGAUUACAAGAGAGUCUAGUCCUGCAAGGAACACAGAGUGUUGCAAAAGAGAAAGAACAUGAGAAUAAGUAAAGAAGACUAUUUAAUAAAAGUGAGAUUUUGUGCUCAGUGACAUUAAAUUCCACUUAGUGAGUUAAUAAUUGACUGUAUGAAAAACUAUGCAGAAUUUCAUAUUUAUACAUAAAGAGAGCUGACCCUUCCCCUUUGGUUUGCUGAUGCCAUGCAUUGCUGUAUUAAUUGUAGAUAUUUUUUAAAAUGAAUUUAAAAAUGAAUUUUUUUGUAAUAUUUUUAUUUUAUUAUUGAACAAUUGCUUUAAAGAUGGCCCCAUUUUUGUUAAAUAGGUUUAAAUGAACUUUGACUCCCCUUUGUAAUAAAACUUGUGUAUAAAGUCAUUUUUUUCAUAUUUUUAGGAACUUUUUUUAAUUUCACUUAAUUAUUAUAUUGCAUCAUAAGGCUUGCCAUCUAAUAGACAGUUUUUAUCUGUGUGUUUAUGCGUCUUUGAUUGGAACUUAGUGAUACAUUGGGUCAGUUCGCAAAUGAGUAAAUUAUUGAAAUGUGCUCUGUGAUGAACUGCAGCUGUGUAGGGGGGAUAAAAUUGUGGGUUUUUAUGUUCCCUGUUUUAUUGUUUUUGUAUAUUUUUCAAAAUUAAAUUUAGUGAAGAGAAAAAAAAUGGGAAAUUAAACAAAAAACUGCCAUUUUUUUGAAAUUGUAAUUAGUAGUUGAAAAAAAAAUGUUUUGAAAUUACCUAGUGGAUUUUGAGUUUUCCCUAAAAAGUAAAGCUCAUGACUAUGUGAUGCUUUGGUAAUGCUUUAAAACUGUAAAAAUAAAUAUUUCAUUAUUAUGUAAUUUAAUUGUAUUAUCUGAAAUAAAGACUAAUUUUAAUAUUCAA